UAAAAGUGUAAUUUGUCAUUUUGACAAUUAAAAAGUACCCGGCGGGGGGAAGGGAAGGGAACGGGUGAAGUAAAUUGUAUCCAAGGCACACACACACACAAAAAAAAAAUAAAAUGGAAUGGUUACUAUGCUUAAAAUAUAUAAUUUUUUAUAAAAUAAUUAUAUUAAAUAUAUUACAAUUUAUAAAUAAUUAUUAUUGGAAUGAAAAAACUAUAAAACAUCAACGUCAAUGUAUAUUUCCAUCAGUAUAUAAACGUAAAGCAAUUUAUGAAUGUCAACAUAUUGAUAUAAAUGGACCAAAUGAUGAACAAUUCAAUGUAAUAACAAAUAAUCAAUUAUAUUCAUCUAAAUGGUGGUGUCCAUUAACUGAUAAUUAUGAUCAUUAUCCAGAAUGGCAAUUAUGCCCAGAGACAACAACAACUUAUGGUGGUAAUCAACCAGGUAAACAAUGUUAUUUUCCAUUUAUUUAUCAUAAACGUUUAUAUACAACAUGUAUUAGAAAUGAUGGUGAUUUAAUCUAUCAACAUAAAAAUGAUAGAAUACCAAUAGAUAAUGGUAAAAGUGGUUAUUGGUGGUGUUCAACCACAUCAAAUUUUGAUUAUGAUGGUUUAUGGACAAAAUGUCGUCCACAAUUAUCAUAUCAAUUACCAUGUUAUUUUAAAAAAUUAUCAAAUCAUUAUUAUCAUUAUAAUAUAGGAGGUUUUAUACAAUCUAGUGAUUAUGAAUGUCAACCAUAUUUAGGACAUUGGAUAUGUUAUACAGAAUUAAAACAAUUACGUGAAUGUCCUAAAUCAAUACAAUUAUUACAUAAUAUUAAAACAGAAGGUGGAAAUGAUCCUGGUUUUCCAUGUUAUUUCCCAUUUCAAGCUACUUUAUCAUUACAUCCUCAUCCUCAUCAUCAUCAUCAUGAUAUAAGUAGACCACAAAAUUUCACACAUUGUUUACCUGGUAUAAUCAAUAAUCAAUUAGAUGAUCAAUUAUCAAUUUAUCCAACAUGGAUUGGUUAUUGGUGUUCAACUACAGAAAAUUUUGAUCGUGAUCAAUUAUGGACACGUUGUCAUUUUAAUAUAAAACAACAAAAUAUCAUUACAUCCUAUAAAUUAUCAGAAAUUUGGUCACAAUUAAAUUGGUUAACAUUAUUAACUUAUAAGGAAAGAUCAAUGAUUUCUAUAAAAAAUUUAUCAAAUACAAUAAAUUUUCAACAAUCAUUAAAUUCUAUAGAAUUAUUACGUGGUACAUGGGAAUUAUUUACUAAAAAUAAUCAUGAUCUAGAUCAUAUAUAUCAUGAUCCUAAUCCUAAUUCUAAUCAUAAUAAUCAAUAUAAUGAUCAUUAUUAUAUUGAAUUAACAUGGUGGUUAUGGUUAGCACCAUUUUGGUGGAUCACAUAUAAAACUAAUCAAUCAUUCAAUACAACGAAUCAUUUAGUUCAUACACAAACGAUGAAUAUACAUAGUAACCAAUUAACUAUGCAUAGUAACAAUAACAAUAAUAAUAAUAAUGAUAAUGAUAAUCCAUUAAUAAGUGGAUUAAACUUACCUUCCUGGUUAAAUGAAUGGAGUGAAUCAGGAUGGUAUUAUUAUAAUAUAAAUAUGAAAACUAAAUGGAAUCAUUUAUUAUUAUAUUUAUAUUAUAAAUGGUUAAAAUCAUGGUUAUUAAUAUUUUUUAUUGGUUUUUUAUUGGGUAUUUUAUUGAUUAGUUUUAUUUUAUUGAUUAUCUUUUUUUCAUUAAAAAAAUCAAUACGUUUACAAAUUAUUGAUUGUUUAUUUCAAACAAAAUAUCAAUCAAUAAUAGAUCAGAAAUCAUUUGAAUUAUCUACAACUGAUCUAUUAUUGAAACAAAAUUAUUUAUUCAAUAAUAAUAAUAAUCAAUUAAAGAAUCAAUUCGAUUGUAAUUUUAAAAAGAUACAAAUGAGAUCAAUCGAUAAUAGAAAUAAUCAUGAUCAUGAUCAUGAUCAUGAUCAUUUCGAUUGUAAUCGAUUAUUGGCAUUAUAUUCUAUUCAUGAUCAUCAUGGAAAUGUUGAACAGAAUUUAUUAGAUAAAUCGAUAAAUGAUAAAGGAGAUUCAAGUUGUUGUUGUUGUUGUUGUUCUUGUUGUUGUGGUGAUUACUUAUGCAAUAAUAAUAAUAAUAAUGAUCAUACAAAUACUACUAAUACUAAUAAUACUACUGAUAUAUAUAAUAUAAGUAGUAUAAACAAUAACCAUAAUCUUAAGGAAUAUAUUAAAUGUUUAUUAGAUGAAUUGAUUAUUCAACAUUCCAAUAAUGAAAUUAAUGAUCAUGAUGAUGAUGAUGAUGAUGAACAUUAUUAUAAACAACUUCGUCAUUUCUCUCAUAUUCUUGAUAUAUAUUUAAAUAAAGAUGAGAAAUAUAUGAAUGAUGAGAAUCAUGAAGAGUAUGUAACAUGUUAUUUACAUAGUAAUAAUACAAAUGAAAUAUAUGAAAAUAAACAAUUAUAUCAAUGUUGUUGUCGUCGUCGUCAUGGUCAUCAUGAUCAUGAUCAUCAUCAUCGUCAUUGUUGUCGUCGUCGUCGUCGUUCUCGUGGUCUCCAUCAUCAUCAUCAUCAUCAUCAUUGUCUACUUGAUUCUUAUUCAUUAAAUCAUCAACCAUUACAACAUACGUUCCAGUAUAAUAACAAUAAUAAUAAUAAUACGAAUUAUUUAGAUAAUCAUGAAAAUAAUGAGAUUAAGGCAGAAGAACUCAAUUGCUUAUCCUUAUCAUCAUCAUCAUCAUCAUCAUCAUCAUCAUCAUCAUCAUCAUCAUCAUCAUCAUCAUCAUCAUCAUCAUCAUCAUCAUCAUCAUCAUCAUCAUCAUCAUCAUCAUCAUCAUCAUCAUCAUCAUCAUCAUCAUCAUCAUCAUCAUCAUCAUCAUCAUUAUAA